CGCUCAAGCUUCAGUCUGAAUUCAGCUCUCGUCUUAAAAACAAUAGUGUCAUAUUCAAGAUGAAAUACUUUAGAGUUUAUUGGCUUCUGAUUGUUCUGCUGCUUUUUAUCAGCUCGGAAGAUGUUCUGGCGGCCCCGAAGCGAAAACCCAAGCCAAAAUUUCACCUUCCUAAAAUCAACAUAAAUAUUCAUCACAAUAAUAUUCAUAUUGGAUAGCAGCAGAUUAUCUUAAUUAGUCCUAAAGAAUUCUGUUUCUCAAUCUUUGCUAAGUGUUUAUAAUAAUAAUGUCAUAAUAUUUAUUUUAAGAAGCUAAAAAACA